AUGGCCACAAGAGAAGCUACCUCCCCCGCGCCAGGCGGCGAUGCCAAGCGUCAAAAGACUGCGGACGUCAAGAAGAAGGUCUGCCUCAUCGUUCACGACGGCUGGGGAAUCUCCUUCAACGAAAAGGGAAAUGCUAUCUUUCACGGUGACACCACCCACAUGGAUGCUAUCCGGGACAAGCACAAUUUUGUCGAGCUGGAGGCGCACGGUCUUGCUGUUGGGUUGAAGGAGGGCUUGAUGGGGAACUCCGAGGUGGGGCAUUUGAACAUCGGUGCUGGGCGGAUCGUUUGGCAGGAUAUUGUCAAGAUUGACCAGUGCAUCAAGAAGAACGAGUUCCACACCCAGCCCAACAUCGUCAAGACGAUGAAGCAGGCCAAGGCCGCUGGAUCCCGGCUCCACCUGCUCGGUCUGGUAUCGGACGGCGGUGUCCACUCUUACAUCCUCCACCUCUUCGCCCUUCUCAAGUGCGCCAAGGAGCACGAGAUUGAGCACGUCUACAUCCACUUCUUCGGAGAUGGGCGCGACACGGCACCCAAGUCGGCGACCAAGUACAUCCAGCAAUUGCUCGACAACAUCAAGGAGGUCGGUGUAGGAGAGAUCUCGACGGUCGUAGGGCGGUACUAUGCGAUGGACCGGGACAAGCGGUGGGACCGGGUCAAGAUUGCGGUGGAUGCUUUGGUCCAGGGCAAGGGGGAGAAGACGUGCGGACAGGAUGAUCUUGUCAAGACGGUGGAGGAGGGGUAUGAGAACGGGAUCACGGAUGAGUUCAUCAAGCCCAUUGUCUGCGGGUCCGCGGACAGCCGGAUCAAGAAGGGCGACACUCUUUUCACCUUCAACUACCGGUCGGACCGUAUGCGAGAACUCACCCAAGUUCUCGGUAUGCCCGACAAGCCGAUGGAAGUCGAAGUCCCCUCCGACCUCCACAUCACCACCAUGACCAAAUACAAUGCCGAAUUCCCCUUCUCCAUCGCCUUCCCCCCGGCAUCCAUGACCAACGUCCUCGCCGAGUGGCUCGCCAAGCAAGGCUCCAACCAGUGCCAUAUCGCCGAGACGGAAAAGUACGCCCACAUCACCUUCUUCUUCAACGGCGGUGUCGAGAAGCAAUUCGAGAUGGAGGACCGGGCCAUGAUCCCCUCGCCCAAGGUGGCGACGUAUGACAAGCAGCCCGAGAUGAGCGUGCAGGCGGUAGCGGACAAGGUGGCCGAGGUUGUCAAGACCAACGACUAUGACUUUGUCAUGUGCAACUUUGCCCCACCAGACAUGGUCGGCCAUACCGGCGACUAUGACGCCGCGGUGGUGGCGAUUGGCGCGACCGACAAGGCUGUCAAGACGGUGUAUGAUGCGUGCGAGGAGGCGGGCUAUGUCCUGUGUAUCACGUCGGACCACGGGAAUGCGGAGCAGAUGCUCGACCCCGUGACGGGCAACCCGCACACGGCGCACACUACCAACCCUGUUCCAUUCAUCGUCACUGGCGAUAAGGGCGGUCUGACCGUGACUGGCGAGCCAGGAACCCUCGCUGACGUCGCGCCUACCGUCCUGGAAAUUAUGGGUCUCCCCCAACCCGAGGACAUGACCGGCCGAUCUUUGGUAGCCAAGAAGUAG